AUGACAAACAGCACCUCGGCGAUGCCUUCAAAAAGGGAGCGGCGCCCGAAGCCGCCGCCAUCGCCGGCCUCGGCCAGCUGCCGGCCGGCCAGCCACCGAGGACAAGGCAUUAGCCCGGAACCUGUCGCGACAUCCUGCAUCGUGCUCAAGGCCGGACAUCCUCCAUCCCUCAACCCCCCGUCUUCAACACGGCCGCCACAUCCAUCCCGGCGCUGGGCAGCACCGCCAGCCGGCCAACACGCGCGGCCAGAGCAGCAACGCGCCCCUCGCGGCCCGGAGGCAGCACCUCGACGUCGCGAGGCCGUCCACCGUGCCCCGGACACGGCGCCCUGCCGUCACGCCCGCCCUCAGCUGCACAGCCGCGCCGCCCCUAGCAGCCCAGAUCGGGCCCGGAUGGGCCGCUCCGCCCGCCGGCCCCUUCGGCUGCGCCACGACCGCGCCGCUGCAGCCCGCCGCGCCCAGCCGCCGAGGCCGCCUCCUGCGCUGCGCUGCGCCGUCCAAACGGCCGCCUCGACAAGCGCCCACCACCGUCUGUCCGGGGGCCGCCGCCCCGGCGUCCGAGCUCCGCCGCACGCUGCGACCGGAGGAACCCCGCCACCCUUUGGGAACGGGGCCCGCCGCCACCGCGGCAAGGGCCGGCGGCAGCGGCGGCAGGGAGGAUGGGCAGAGAGGCCGGCGGCGGGGGGCGCAAGGGUUUCCCCGAACCGCCAGAGGAGGGCCGGGGCAAAAUAA